GUGCUGACGGUCCCUCUCUGUGCCUCAGACUCGUGUGUGAAAUAGGAUUUAUGCCACCAGCCCCAGCUUCCUGAUGGGACUCCUGGAAUGACAGAGGUGAUGGGUGUGAAAAUGUUCCGAGAGCCAGAAGGUGGCAGAGGGGCAAGCUGGUCAGCAUCGGGUCCUACAUGAACAUCUGGGAAAAGGAUGGAAAAGCCAGUUGCUGUCCGGGCCACACCUGGGGAGGGCAUGAGGAAGGUCCCAGGACAGCUAUGGGGAAUCUGUUGUCCCUUUCCUCCCCUUAGUUCCUCCCCAUUAGGGGUUGGAGCAAACACUUGGAGGCUGUGAUCUAGCCAGGCCUCCCCUCACUGGGGAAUGCCCUCCACCUAUCCAUCUGGGUCCUAAUCUCUCAUCUGCCUAAGAUUCGCUGUGGACCUAAGACAAGCCCCUCCACUUUUCUAAGCCCCAGUCCUUCACCUGUAGAACGUGCCCACACUACCUCGUCUGUGGAACUGUUGAGAGCACUCAGUGGUCAGACCGCGAGCCUGGACCUUUAGUCCACUACUCCCCCACAAUUCAGAGCUCGCCAGCCACCCAUGAAACACUCCUACAUUGGCCGGAACCACCCUACGUUUUAGAAUCUUGUCCCCUCCAAUGUCCUCCUGGUUCUAGAAUCUCACUGCUAUUCCAGACUCUGCCCUCCAGAACCAGAAGGGUCAGCCGCUGCUCCCGGGCAGUGGCGGCUUGCUCAGCUCUACCGUCUCACUCGAGUCUCUGCUGCGGCCAGGAUGCGGUGGCGGGACCGCAUGGCUGUGCUCUUUUUCCCACCAGGCGUGAUGCUCACCGUGGCUGCCAUGAUGCUCUUCUUUAUACACCUGUGCGUCUUUGCCAAUGAUGUGCACCACUUCUGCGUCACCCACCACUACGACCGCAUGAGCUUCCGCUACACAGUGGUCCUGAUGUUCUCCCAGGUAAUCAGCAUCUGCUGGGCCGCCAUGGGGUCACUCUACGCUGAGAUGAUAGAUGUCAAGUUUCUUCGGUGCUUUUCCCUGACCAUCCUGAUGCUCAAUGGAGCCAUGUUCUUCAACCGCCUGUCCCUGGAGUUUAUGGCCCUCCAGUACCGGGAGGAGAACCACUGAGGACUGGAGACUGGGCUGAGAAGGGGGAAGGAAAAGGCUGCUUCGGGUAUUUUAAUAAAGUCUGU